GCUUUACAUGGCUUGAUGAUUAUACACAGCAUAUUAUUGCACGUGAGCUUUCUAAUCUCCCUAAGACCCAUGACUGGCAUCUGGAAACAUUCUCCUCUGAAGAUCUUGAAGACUCAACCAGGAUUUCAAAACAGGCACCUGACAGGAAUUUGGAAAAAGAAGUGAAGUUUGCCAAUUCCCCUCAACAAUACCUCGCUUACCUGGAUAUUCUUUCUCAGUCUAGAGCUCCCAAUUUAUAUUCAACAAUAAAUGCCAACAAAUCCCCUUUUAAGGUUGGCAAUAUUCCACCAAGGACCAUGAUCAACUAUAUGAUGCAGAAUUCUAAUGGAAAAAAUCCUGGUAUGACCUAUACGGUACCUGUCCAUUCAAAGUAUAUUGAAAACAUUCCUGCAAGGACCUUCAGCAAAUCACAGAUGGAUACAUUUCAGCUAAAACCUGAAGAACAAUUAGACGGGAACAAUCUACUAAUGACACUUAAUGCAUAUAUCACUCAGAAAUUAUCAGCCAAAAACCUCGAUGGACAUUCAUCUGUUAGCAGGACUAAAGAAACUUCUCCUUAUGGCAAUAGGGCUAAACCUCUUUACAAUGAUCAAUUUGAUGGAAUAAUGUCCAAAGAAAAGCUAGGAAGUUUUGAGAUGAAACCACAGUUUCUACAGAGGCCAGUAUCUGGAUUGGUGUCUGGAUCUGCAAAAAAUGAUUUGAAGCUUUCUCUAAGUCCAAUAGAUGAAAUAUUUAUUCAAGACGUUUUGAGAGACCUGAGGAAACAUAGUGUGGAUGUAGAUAAAUUGAGCCCACUGGAGCUGGACAAGAUGGCUGAUAUCAUUGCUGAAGCUGUUCAAAUUGUUGAUACAAAUGAAGAAAAGAGCAACGCCACUGGGAAGGUUGAAGGAGAGAGAACUGCAACAGGAGUGGAUGGAGAAGGAGAAUACGAUUAUGAAAUGGGAGGGAAUGAAGGUUUUCAUGUGCGAGAUAAGGGGGCAUGGAACAUUGCUGCGGAGAUUAAAAAAGAGGAGGACCAUCUAGAUUCAAAGGUACCAGAUUUCCUGAGUAAAAAUAUGGUUCCUGAAAAUCUGCCAAGGUCAUAUUUCUCCAAAGAACCCUUUAAAACAGAAAUGAAAAAAUCAGAUGAUUUAGACCUCUCUUCUUCAUCUGAAGAAGUCAAAGUUGGGAUUGAAAAUGUGAAGAGUGAAACCUUUUCGAGAGAACUGACUGCUCAAAAAAAAGCAGAGUCUGAACCCAGCUCCAAGGAGCUAAGUGAGCUUCAUCACUGGAUUAAGAAUAUGUGGCUUCAAGAUGAAAGUGUUUAUGAAGCAGUUCAAGAAAAGAUUGGAGAAGGCCUCAAGUUAGAUGCAAAGUCUUCCAAAGUGGAAGAAUAUGGCUACAUCAUGACAGAGAAAGACCCACUGAGUGAGGAAAAAGGUUUGGACUUAAUAAAAGAAGUUGCUGGUUUUCUGAAGCUCCAGAUGACAGCAUUUGCUGAUAUCAACAUAUUGGGGCCAGCUGUGACCUUUAAAGUGCACCCAAAUGCUCUUGGUAUCACCACUGCUGAUGUUGUCAGAAUAGCAGCUGACAACAAAAGUAUGCUUGAAAAGGAUACAGGAUUGGAAAUAUUGAAGAUUGGCAUGGAGAAGAAAAACAAGCUGGAACUUUUGCUUCACCAGGCUCAGGAAGAGAAAGAUACCACCAAAUUUAUCAUACUGACACUCCUCUCCAUUGCUUGCAUUUUGGGGGUCCUUAUGACUUCUGGAGUGAUCUACUGCCUCCGCCAUGGCUCUCAUCACAAACUAAAAGAGAAGUUGACAAGCCUAGGCUCUGAUCCCAGCUCGGAUGCUACUGCCACUUAUCAGGAAUUAUGCCGUCAGCGUAUGGCGGUGAAAACAUCAGAUUGUUCAGAGCCUCUUCAUGCUUCUCGUAUUAAUAGCAUAUCUUCACAGUUUAGUGAUGGACCUAUUCCAAGUCCUUCUACUCGAAGCAGUAUUUCAUCCUGGUGUGAAGAACCAGUCCAGUUUAACAUGGACAUCUCCACUGGUCAUAUAAUACUGGUGUAUGCAGUAUUCAAAACAGGCAAGGAUACUUCAGAUGUGGCCUACAUGGAAGAUCAUUUGAAAAACAAGAAUCGUCUAGAGAAAGAGUGGGAAGCACUUUGUGCAUAUCAAGCUGAGCCUAAUGCAACUACCAUUGCCCAUAAGGAAGAAAAUGUCCAGAAAAACCGCUCUCAAGUUGUAGUUGCAUAUGAUCAUUGCAGGAUAUGUUUGAAAGCUGAAAAUAGUCAUGACAAUUCAGACUACAUCAACGCAAGUCCAAUUAUGGACCAUGAUCCUAGAAACCCUGCAUAUAUAGCUGCUCAGGGUGCAUUGCCUUCUACUGUCACAGACUUCUGGCAGAUGGUCUGGGAAAACGGCUGUGUGGUUAUUGUCAUGCUAACCCCUCUCACGGAAAAUGGACUCAAACAGUGCUACCACUAUUGGCCAGAUGAAGGGUCAAAUCUCUACCAUAUCUAUGAGGUAAAUCUGGUCUCUGAACACAUCUGGUGUGAAGACUUCCUUGUAAGAAGUUUUUACUUGAAAAAUCUUCAAAGUAAUGAGACUCGGACAGUAACCCAGUUCCAUUAUCUUACCUGGCAUGAUCAACAAGUUCCUGCAUCCACAAGAUCCCUUCUGGAUUUUCGCAGAAAAAUAAACAAGUGCUACAGGGGCCGUUCUUGUCCAAUAGUUGUGCAUUGCAGUGAUGGUGCAGGAAGAACUGGAACCUACAUCCUAAUUGACAUGGUUCUCAAUAAAAUGGCCAAAGGUGCUAAAGAAAUUGAUAUUGCUGCCACUCUGGAGCAUUUGAGAGAUCAAAGACCUGGAAUGGUCCAGACAAAGGAACAGUUUGAGUUUGCCCUGACAGCAGUUGCGGAAGAAGUGAACGCAAUACUCAAGGCACUUCCACAGUGAGCAGCCUAUGAUCGGUUAAUUGGAGGUUCCCAAUGUGGCUGGGUGGUCUCUCUCUUUCAUUAUUCCUGGUCCCUGUGAAUGUUAUUGGAAAUGUGACCUGAUUGUGUGUCUGCUGUUGUAACUACAUUUUGAUUGGUCCUUUACAUAUCUCUAUUGCCAGGUUAAAUUCAACCAAGAAUUUGUAUAUUAUUCUUGUUAGGAUAAUCAGAAAUAAUAAUACACCAAGACCUUAAGUGACAAGAGCAAUCCCUCUAUUUCUUUUACAUAAAUGAAGUCCUAAAUUUCACACUUGGAAAGCACAUACACAUCUUGUUAAUAGAAAAUAUACACUGUUGUAGAUAAGCAGUGCAUUCAGUGUAUCUCCAUAGCAUUCUCUUACAUUUUUGCAACUUUUCCAAAACUAUAUAAACUGGGGUGGAGGAGAUUAAUACUUUUAAAAAAAUUGUGAGACUGCUUUUAGAAAGCAAGCCCAUAAUAUAAUCCCUCAUGUUUUCACAAAUAUAAGUUCAAUUUAUAUAUAAAGAAACUAUGCCUUUCAUGCUGUGUGUUAGCGAGCUGAUUUUUCUUCAACUUUCUGUAAUGAAUAGAAGCAAAUCUUAAACUCAGUUCAGAGACUUACAUGUUAUAACAGCUAUAGAGGAAAUGUCGGUCGAGUUAGCAGGAGCCCAAGUUUCUAAAAGCACAACAAACUUUUAUUGUGUGUUCCUUCCCUAAUGAGAAGAAAGGAGGCAGAAUAAUUUAACCUCAACAGAUUUUUAAAAGCCCUCUGCUGACAACUUGUUGAUUUUCUUUCUAUUUUUUAUAACUUAUCUUUUUAAACAGCCAAACACUGUACACUGUUUUAAAAAUCUUAAGGAGAUUCUUCUAACUACUUCUUAUCUGAUUGAAUUGCUAGCAUUGUUACUGUAUUUUAAACUAUAGCAAGUUCUUCGAUAUAUUCUUGAAUUUGCAGAAUACUUAUAAACCUGAAAUUACCUGCUUUCCUUUCUGGUUUUCUAUUCUUUAUCAUUUAUAUUUCUUUAUUGCUUAUAUUUCUUGAAAGUAAAUACUGCUGCCUCUGUAAAAUAAUUUGAAAAUGCCCCAUGAAACGUACUUAAAAAGGAAACAUUUAAGUUUCCUCUCUGAAUUGAUUCUUUGCACAUGGAGUAAUGUUUUUAAAACAUUUCCAUGUGCCUAGCAUGUGUUGAUUCAAGAGAAUGGAACUGGCUUUGGGGACAUGUCUACAUUUAUUUGAAAUGUGAAGUAAAAAAAAUACACUUCAAUUACUGUACAGUAUGCUAGCUAUUUAUCUGUUUUAAUGUUACUGGCAUUUAUUGUGAAUUUCAUUCCAAAGUAUGUGUCUAUACAUUUCCAGGAAGAGCACAGCAAUUUGUGAAUUAAAUUAUACAAUGCAGUUCUUGGGCACAAUUCAUCAAUUUCACUAGGGAUUACAUGAAUAUUCACCAACCACUGUUAUAGUAUCUUCUCUCUUUUACCUUACAAGCUCCAUUGAAACCUACAGAAGACCUGUAGUAGCAGUGAUUGGAGUAUUCAAUCCACUAUCUCAACUGUUUUAUAUAAGCUUAAAUGCAACCUUCUAGUAAUUAAAGAAUUGUUUCAAAAAGCUUCAAAUGUAUUAACCACUAUGUAUUUUUCUGCACAUUGUUUGUGACAUAUAUAAAAUGCUUGGUUUGCACAUUUCAUUUUUAGUCUUGCAAAGCAGUUAAAGUGGAUUCCUUUAUA